GGGAGGAGGCGGCGGCGGCGGCGGUGGCGCGGGGCUGCUGGAGGCGGAGGCGGCGAGGCGCGGGCGAGCCGCGGGGGCUGCUGCCACGGCCGCCCGGGAGAUUUGUAAGACUGCAGGGUCUCCUAGCCGUGAAUAAUCUGAUGGUUCCUGAAGUGACUGGCAAACAGAUUCUUCUAGUGCCAGUUGAAGAAUGUAUGUCUAUGUCUAUUUAAAACCUUCUUUCUAUAUAUACACAUUUACACAGGAAGACAGGCUCACUCUUGUGUACCUUGAGAGUUUUACAACUGAUGAAAAUUAAUUUAAGAAUCAAAUGGAGCAACUUGACACCACUGGGCUCAGGAGCCUGGGGAGAAAAAUGCAUCACUAGUGGCCAGUUUUCCAUAUGGUCUUCACGGGUAAAGAAAGUCUGCAAAAAGAAGAAAACAAAAUUUGCACAGAUUAAGUCUCAAAAAUACCUCUCCAGUUUAAAGAAGGAACGAAGUGAGAAGGUGAACAAGAAAGAAGUGUGAUUUCAAAUGUUGCAGUGGGACUGUGCAGUGCUAUCUGCGCCUUGAUUUUCAGUUGGUUUGGUGAUUUGGACAGAUUUUAAAAGUUUGGACUAAAAAGUAACUCUUAUUGUGGUUAUGGCUGGAGGAAAGCAAGUUCAAGUGUGAUGGACAAGUUUGAACAAUGAACUGAUUCCUUUGCCUGCUUUAGUUAACUGCAUUUGAGAAAUUUUAAUUUAUUAUUUCCCAUUUCCUUUCCUGCAUCUAUAGGCUUGCAUCUUAAAAUAGCAAUUGAAACGAAUAAUUAUAAAAAUAAAUAUCAAGGGAAGUCCAAGCAAAGUUUCCUUAUCCCUGGACUAAGGUGUGGUGUUUGGAGACGGUCUUUGAGUAUGCACACAGGAAAGCACCCAGAAGUGUUUGACACUCUCCAGGGAAACAGUGAGGGGAGAAUCUGACUCUGGCUUGUGUUUUUGUUUUAAGGGAUUAUCUUUCCUGUUAAGUCCAAGAAGACUUACAUAUGAGAGAAAGAUUACUUGAUGGACUGAAUUCUGAGAUUAGUUUUUUUUUUUUUUUUCAUCAAAACGGAAAAAUACUGAUCUUUAGGACCAAAAAGAGAAGAAGUGACUAGGGGAGUCAGAAAAGAGACAGACGGAAGCAGCAGAAACCUGCAGCCUGGCUGUUCUGUCAGCAAGAGGAUUUAGGACUCAAGAAGGCAAAUGCUGGGACCACGUUAACAGCAUUAGAGCACCCUGCUUCUGUUGAGUGAAGGGGCUUUCUUUCUGGUCUCUAUGGCACUGGGGGAUGCUCCAGCUGGUGGAGGAGUAGUUCGAUGGAGCCCUGCGUUCCCUGGGAACACAGGGCCCAGCUUUGAGGUGGAGAGUUUCUGGUUUUGAACAGCAGAGAAAGUCUUUUUUUCUUCUUAAAAUUUGGACUGUUGUCUGCACAAACUCUGGUCUGUUUUGCACGGUUUGUGUGCCUUUUUUUCCCUUUAUGCAAUCUUUUUCAGCUUUAGCAGCAGAAAUUUGUCUAGUUCAAAAAACAUAUUAGAAGAUGGCUUCAGAAGGAAGAUGAUCCUGAGUGUUUUGUCUCUGCAUCUGAACUUUGGUGGAGGAAAUUCCAGCUAGAGGGAUUCUUAAAGCCUUAAGUUACUUGAAAUCUAUGUACUUGCAACUCUUUGUCUCUGGAAUCAUAUUACACUAAACUGGAAUCUCAGGCUGAAUAAGAAUAACCAAGUUGAGUAAAAAGAAGAAAACUCUGUUUCUUGAUGACCACUUAUUAACGAUGCUCUUUCUGCAAAGGAUCAGCACGUUCUUCCUCUAAGGACUUGAAAAUAAAAAAUGGACCCCACGUUUUUUUAAGCAUUACCUUUUCUUAGCAGACUGCCAUCAUCUUUUAUAGAGGAUUUUUUCACUAUGCAUUUGGUGGAUCUUUAUAAAACACUGACCUUCUAAUUAGAUUUAGGUCAGCUUAAUUAAAGGGGGAAAAAAGCAACACAAGCCAACCACAAAAAUAAACCAAUGAAAGAAAUUGGUUUAAAUUUCUCAACAUUGAGCAUUACUUUUUAAGUAAAACAGUUCAUUAAAAAAAAGUAUGUAUGCUGCAGUGGAGCAUGGGCCUGUGCUUUGCAGCGAUUCCAACAUUCUCUGCCUGUCGUGGAAGGGGCGUGUCCCCAAGAGCGAGAAGGAGAAGCCAGUGUGCAGGAGGCGCUACUACGAGGAAGGCUGGCUGGCCACAGGCAAUGGGCGCGGAGUGGUCGGCGUGACUUUCACCUCCAGCCACUGCCGCAGGGACAGGAGUACUCCACAGAGGAUGAACUUCAACCUGAGGGGCCACAAUAGUGAGGUCGUGCUCGUGAGGUGGAAUGAGCCGUACCAGAAGUUGGCCACGUGUGACGCAGAUGGAGGCAUAUUUGUGUGGAUUCAGUAUGAAGGCAGGUGGUCUGUGGAACUGGUCAACGACCGAGGGGCUCAGGUGAGUGAUUUCACAUGGAGCCAUGAUGGGACUCAAGCACUUAUUUCAUAUCGAGAUGGGUUUGUCCUGGUCGGUUCUGUCAGUGGACAAAGACACUGGUCAUCCGAGAUCAACUUGGAAAGUCAAAUCACAUGUGGCAUAUGGACUCCUGAUGACCAACAGGUGCUGUUUGGCACAGCUGAUGGGCAGGUGAUCGUCAUGGACUGCCACGGCAGGAUGCUGGCCCAUGUCCUCCUGCAUGAGUCUGAUGGUGUCCUGGGCAUGUCCUGGAACUACCCCAUCUUCCUGGUGGAGGACAGCAGUGAGAGCGACACGGACUCGGACGACUACGCUCCUCCCCAAGAUGGCCCAGCAGCGUAUCCCAUCCCAGUGCAGAACAUCAAGCCUCUGCUCACUGUCAGCUUCACCUCGGGAGACAUCAGCUUAAUGAACAACUACGAUGACUUGUCACCCACUGUCAUCCGCUCAGGACUGAAAGAGGUGGUAGCCCAGUGGUGCACACAGGGGGACUUACUGGCAGUCGCUGGCAUGGAACGGCAGGCCCAGCUUGGUGAGCUUCCCAACGGUCCCCUUCUGAAGAGUGCCAUGGUCAAGUUCUAUAAUGUUCGUGGGGAGCACAUCUUCACACUGGACACUCUUGUGCAGCGCCCCAUCAUCUCUAUCUGCUGGGGCCACCGGGACUCACGUCUGCUGAUGGCAUCAGGACCAGCCCUGUACGUGGUACGUGUGGAGCAUCGGGUGUCCAGCCUGCAGCUGCUGUGCCAGCAGGCCAUCGCCAGCACCCUGCGGGAAGACAAGGACGUCAGCAAGCUUGCCCUGCCCCCCCGCCUCUGUUCCUACCUCUCCACCGCCUUCAUCCCCACCAUCAAGCCCCCAAUUCCAGACCCCAACAACAUGCGGGACUUCGUCAGCUACCCCUCGGCCGGCAGUGAGCGGCUGCACUGCACCAUGAAGCGCACGGAGGAUGACCCCGAGGUGGGCGGCCCGUGCUACACGCUCUACCUUGAGUACCUGGGGGGGCUCGUGCCCAUCCUCAAGGGGCGACGUAUCAGCAAGCUGCGGCCGGAGUUUGUCAUCAUGGACCCUCGGACAGAUAGCAAAUCAGAUGAAAUCUACGGGAAUAGCUUGAUUUCCACUGUGAUCGACAGCUGCAACUGCUCAGACUCCAGUGACAUCGAGCUGAGUGACGACUGGGCUGCCAAGAAAUCUCCUAAAAUCUCCAGAGCUAGCAAAUCACCCAAACUCCCAAGGAUCAGCAUCGAGGCUCGCAAGUCUCCCAAGCUGCCCCGGGCUACUCCAGAGAUCUCCCGUUCUCCUCGGCUGCCUAUGCGCAAGCCCUCCAUUGGCUCACCCAGCCUAACACGGAGAGAGUUUCCUUUUGAAGACAUCACUCAGCACAACUAUCUUGCUCAGGUCACGUCUAACAUCUGGGGAACCAAAUUUAAGAUUGUGGGUUUGGCUGCCUUCCUGCCAACCAAUCUCGGUGCAGUAAUCUAUAAAACCAGCCUCCUGCAUCUCCAGCCGCGGCAAAUGACCAUUUAUCUCCCAGAAGUUCGGAAGAUUUCCAUGGACUAUAUUAAUUUACCUGUCUUCAACCCAAAUGUUUUCAGUGAAGAUGAAGAUGACUUACCGGUGACAGGAGCAUCUGGUGUCCCUGAGAGCAACCCGCCUUGCACAGUGAAUAUCCCUAUUGCACCGAUCCACAGCUCGGCUCAGGCUAUGUCCCCCACACAGAGCAUAGGGCUGGUGCAGUCCCUGCUGGCCAAUCAGAACGUGCAGCUAGACGUCCUGAGCAACCCCACGACAGCCGCAGGGGCAGCAGAGCAUGUGAGUGAUGGUGCCACCCAGUACCCAGUCCCCAGUCGGUACUGCAGUCCUGGCCAGGUGAUUUUUGGAGGCGUGGAAAUGGGCCGAAUCGUUCCAAACCCUCCUCACCUGUCCCUGCCACUGCCACCCCAGGGGCCGGUACAGAUGCCUGUGGCAAGCCAUGGUGAUCGCGACCACGAGCACCUACCAAAGUCAGGCAAGGCCCUGAGGCCAGCGCCACAGCUGGCAGCUGAAGGGGAUGCUGUGGGCUUUAGUGCCCCCCAGGAAGUCCAGGUGACAAAGAUGAACCCUCCACCCCCGUACCCAGGAACCAUCCCGGCUGCCCCCACCACAGCAGCGCCCCCACCCCCUCUGCCGCCACCACAGCCCCCUGUGGAUGUGUGCUUGAAGAAGAGCGACUUCUCCCUCUACCCCACGUCAGCGCACUACCAGCCGCCCCUAGGCUACGAGAGGAUCACCACCUUUGACAGCAGCGGCAAUGUGGAGGAGGUGUGCCGGCCUCGCACCAGGAUGCUCUGCUCCCAGAACACCUACACUCUCCCUGGCCCAGGCAGCUCAGCCACCUUGAGGCUCACAGCCACUGAGAAGAAGGUUCCUCAGCCCUGCACCAGUGCCACUCUGAACCGCCUGACCAUCCCUCGCUACUCCAUCCCACCUGGGGACCCACCCCCGUAUCCUGAAAUUGCUAGCCAGCUGGCCCACGGGCGGGCUGCUGCCCAGAGACCUGACAGCAGCCUUAUCCACGCUACCCUGCGGAGGAACAACCGAGAGGCCACGCUCAAGAUGGCCCAGCUGGCCGACAACCCUCGAGUUCCCCUACAGCCCCCUGCCAAGCCCAAGGGCGGGUCUCUGGGAGCAGUAGCACAGCUCCCGGCCCGGCCCCCACCCGCCCUAUACACCUGUAGCCAGUGCAGUAGCACGGGGCCUGGCUCACAGCCCGGAGCUGCCCUGGCCCAUGCUGUCAGUGCCUCCCCGCUGGCCUCCCAGUCCUCCUACAGCCUCCUGAGCCCACCCGACAGUGCCCGUGACCGCACUGACUAUGUCAAUUCAGCCUUCACGGAGGACGAGGCUCUGGCCCAGCACUGUCAGCUUGAGAAGCCCCUGAAGCACCCCCCUCUGCCUGAAGCUGCUGUCACCAUGAAACGGCCACCCCCUUACCAGUGGGACCCCAUGUUGGGUGAGGACAUUUGGGUUCCUCAAGAAAGGACAGUGCAGACUGUGGUGCCCAACCCUUUAAAAUUGUCCCCUCUGAUGCUCAGUCAGGGCCAGCACCUGGAUAUGUCCCGAGUGCCCUUUGUCUCCCCCAAGUCUCCCGCCAGCCCCACUGCCACUUUCCAGACAGGCUAUGGGAUGGGAGUGCCGUAUCCAGGAAACUACACCAACCCCCCUCUGCCUGGAGCACAGGUUCCCUGCUCUCCCAAAGAUGCCCUGUCCCCAACACAGUUUGCACAACAGGAGCCUGCUGUUGUUCUCCAGCCAGUGUACCCCCCCAGCCUCUCCUACUGCACCUUGCCCCCCAUGUACCCAGGAAGCAGCACGUGCUCCAGUUUACAGCUGCCACCUGUCGCCUUGCACCCAUGGAGUUCCUACAGCGCCUGCCCACCUGUGCAGAACCCCCAGGGCACGCUCCCCCCCAAGCCACACUUGGUGGUGGAGAAGCCCCUGGUGUCCCCUCCACCCCCAGACCUCCAAAGCCACAUGGGCACUGAAGCGAUGGUAGAGACCACUGACAACUUCCAGGAAGUCCUCUCCUUGACAGAAAGCCCGGUCCCGCAGAGGACAGAAAAAUUUGGAAAGAAGAACCGGAAGCGCCUGGACAGCCGAGCAGAGGAAGGAAGCAUGCAGGCCAUCACGGAGGGCAAGGUGAAGAAGGAGACGAGGACUCUGAGCGACUUUAACGCCCUUAUCUCUAGCCCCCGCCUGGGCAGAGACAAGAAGAAAGUGAAGAGUCAGAAGGACCAGCUGAAGUCCAAGAAGUUGAAUAAGACCAAUGAGUUCCAGGACAGCUCGGAGAGUGAGCCUGAGCUGUUCAUCAGCGGGGAUGAGCUGAUGAACCAGAGCCAGGGCAGCAAAAAAGGCUGGAAGAGCAAGAGGACACCGCGGGCCACCAGCGAGCUGGAGGAGUCCCGGUGCCGCCGGGCCAGUGAGAAGGAGGACGGGCGGCUGGGCAGCCAAGGUUUUGUGUACGUGAUGGCCAACAAGCAGCCCCUGUGGAAUGAGGCCACCCAAGUGUACCAGCUGGACUUUGGAGGGCGGGUGACCCAGGAGUCAGCCAAGAAUUUCCAAAUCGAGUUGGAAGGGCGGCAGGUGAUGCAGUUUGGAAGGAUUGAUGGCAACGCCUACAUUCUAGACUUCCAGGCCCCCUUCUCAGCCGUGCAGGCCUUUGCAGUUGCCCUGGCCAACGUGACUCAGCGCCUCAAGUGAAGAGACCAGUGUGAGGAGGAGAGAGAUGCCAAGGGGCUUUCUGAAGGAGAGCCACAUGGGCAGUGCCUGGGGGAUCAGAAGACAGCAGCAAAUUGGAAACACCUAUCAGGCCCAGGAGGGGACACUGAUCUUCUGUUGCCAUUUAUUUGGGCUUUAUUACACUUCAUUGUCUGUCUUUCUUUUCUUGUUUCAGUAGAGUGGCAUUUGGAAGCAAAGGUUGCAAGCCAUCUGGUGUUCUUUCAGGAAGUGUAGCUUGGCUGUGGUAACAUUCUCCUGCAUUUAUGUCAGUGACUGACACAAGGGCCCUUCAGGGUGCAGAGAGACCGCCUUAUAGCCUGCUGUUCUCCUAGACGGAGAACGUGCACAUUGUGUGUUCUCCACAACAUCUAGCCUUCGUUACUGCUCCAUCACUACUAGAAUAAAAUCAAAAAAACUUUUAAAAAUCACAACCAAAAAUCCUGAAGAUACAGGUUCUCUUUGAGGGGUUCUCUUUCUCUCUUCAACAAAUUGAAUUCACACAUUUGUUACAAAAGUGACAUGAUUAACAAAGGAUGUUUAGGCAAGUGCACUGAUUAACUAACAACAGCAGGCCCUUCUUAGUUGCCCGCACCAGAAGUCACUGUGACCUGCUCAUUCGUGAAGUUGGGGAAGAGAUGAUGAGUGAGGAAGGGGCCGCAUUGAGGGGCAGGCUCAUACCGCAGACAGCUGGGUGACUCGGGCUACACCCGUCUCCUGAGGAUGUUAACAUUGAGGGACUCCGCUAGUUUCAUCAGUUAUGAUCAUUUAGCAUGAUGGACCUUGAGAGAAGCUAAGAGCCUGAAAUGGAAAGAUGCUGGCCCAUGGUGGGGGGAGCAGUUUCUUCAGAUCGUGCGGUGGUAUCACUAGAUCCCCAAUAGCCUCUAUUCCCUCUGCCCCUUUUAGUUUUUAAUCUGGAACAUGUCUCUGUAAACACCACCUUUCCCAUCAGAUACCACUGUUCUAUACUUUUCCCUUUUGAAAGUAUGUACAAGACCACUCCUUUCCUCCUCUUGGCUACAUUAAAGUUCUCAAUCAGAUUAGAAAUGUAACCCAAAAAUGUCAAAUAUUUGCCAGCACAUUAAAAGAUAGGAGUUUAGUCAAAUCUUUGACAAAAGUUCCAUGGUCUUUUCUAAAGAGAAAAAAAGGUAUACAGACUAUUUUUGAGGAGAUAAACCACUGAGAAGACAUUAUUAAAAUUUUAACACUUAGGUACUUGGCUGACCACACUAAACACACUAUGGCUACCUGGCAUAUCUGUUCCCGGGCAGUAUUUGAGUCCUAAUGACAAGCCUGUUGGUGUCUCAGUUACUCAUACUGUGGUGGUGUUUAGGACAGGGCCAAAGAACUAUCUCCUGAUUUGGGGUCCUAAAUUUGGAUUUUAUUUAAAAACAGACAAGUGGAAAAUACUAUGCAAAAGUAUUUUCAGAUGCAAAAGUUAUAAUUAAAUGUUUUAGUUUAAAAGUUAGAAAAGAAACUAGACCAUUUCUUUCCCAGAGCAAGAUGAUAUUACUCACCAUUCUCUCUAAACCCCAAAGGAAUACUGACCAGGUUUUUAAAUAUGGUGAAGGACACCUCCCAACUAACCCCUGAGUUUCCCAUUUUGUAUUUAAAAGUAUUGGACCUGAUUUUUUGGUGGGUACAUUCUUCUAGGAAGAAUUUAGCAGCAUAUUCAGAAUUAUCUAGUUCUUUUAUAUGAGUUUUUGUUUCUUGAUAUGGUGUUUCAAUGCUUAUUAUUAGUUGUGCAAUAACAGUUAUAGCCUAUUUCUAAAAUAAUUUAAAUGCAAUUCUCCUGUUUUAUUGUCUACAAGAUAAUUAUUUAUCUUGCUUUUCAUAGCGUUCUUAGGAAUUAUUUUGUUACUAUGUAUUGGUGAGUUAUGCUUAUUAUUUAUUUAGAAAAAUAGUAUCUUUGUAAUGACUUACAUGGUAGCAGUACAUUUUGCUGCAAGAAAUAAAGAGUAUAUGAUAGAAGGAAUUUUUUUUUGCUGGACAAUUUGUAAGUUUUUCUAAUUGGGAAAAUGUUCCUAUUCAUUCAAAAAUAAUUAUUUUUUCAUAUUUUGUGGUAUUAAUUAUAUACAAAGAAGAGUAUUUCUUUGAGACAACAUAUCCUAAAAUAAUAUUUUCCCUUUUUAAAGUUUCAUUUUUUUUUUUUUUUCAGUUUUAAAAUUUUACUUUUAAUUAAAAGUAAAGGUUGAUAGGAAGUGAGGCGGGGGGACCUAUGAGACUCAGAGUAGUGAAGGAAAGGACUCAGUCAUAGUGCACUUCACCUCCAAAAUCCUGAGGCAGAAAGCCCCUGCAGGUUACAUGUCAGAACUUUCCUUACUAAGAGCAGACAGAGGGAGAAACCCUGGGAAUGAAAGCUGCAAAUACAUGUGAGAAGAAAAAGUGGCUAUUUGUAACAAAUAAUUAACUUUCUGGAUUGUUAGCUUACUCCCCAGGAUGUUUUCUCCCCACGGAGACGCAGGCGUCCUGGUCGGCUGUGGGCUGUGCUGCGUGUGUGCACCUGGGGCCGGAAGGAUAAGUUGUUCUCACACGCCAAGUCAGACCAGCCGAUGGCUGUGCAGUGGUGAUACAGUAGCUUAUAAGAGGUAGUUUUGUCACUUUUCUUCAGUUUCUGUCGGUAAAAGUUAGAACUGUAAAGCAGCAGGAUUCUAAGCACUGCAUGUUUAUUAAUAUCAAUUUAUGAGUCUCAAGAUACCUCAUUGAAUCCCUAAAUUUAGAACUAUUAGUCCAGUAAAAAAUCAACUAGAAAAAGAAUCCAUGACUUUUUGAAGGAAGUGAUAUAUUAAUAAACACAAAAACCAAUUCUGAAUUUUUUCUCUAACCUUAUCAAACCAAAGGCGCAUGUUUAUGUACAUAAUACCCAUUGAAUGUACAUCCCGAGAAGACUCGGGGCCCAGGAAGCAGGAAGCUCUCGGGGCUGUAGAGCAGUGUAAGUCGGAGGACUUGUGCAGGUGCGUUUCCACCGUGGCCAUAAGCCCCCACAUCAGGUGUCCACGAGGCCAGAGAAGCAUGGCACAUUCGGCUUCUAAUCACGACUGAAAGUUAGGAGACUCCAGGGUCAAGCCUGCUUUGCCACAAAGCUGGAGGAUGACCUUGGGCAAGUCCCUGGGGCUGACCAGGCCUCCAUUUGUCUGUCUGUAAAUAGACUGGACAAUCUAAAUGCAGCUCUAACGGCCUCAGAGCUCGAAAUGGAACAGCUUCAAAACGUUGCCUUUGUGUAGAGAAGCAUUUCUUGUCCUGUGUUAAUGAGCUUAUCCACUGAAUAUCUUUAGAAAAUUCACCUCAAAAUGCAUUUUGGAAUCAGGUUUGUCUUCAUCGGAUUGCACCAAAGCUACUGAGUUCAAGUUAGACAGGACUGUCCAUAUGAGUGUGCCCUGCUCAGGUGCUGUCCAUGAAAGCAGCUUAAAAUAAGUCACCACCUUCCCCCAAAACCACAAAAUGAGUUCAGAAAAGAACAAAGGAAUACAUAUCUCGGCUGACUUGGGUGAUUGUGUGUGCACUGCAGCGUUACACUAUCUUCACAUUCAUAGGGUUUCUCAAAAUGGAAAGUUUUCUCUCAGCAACCCUGAGAAAGGAACCCAGGUGUCCCUGUGUGGGCCACAUACCACUUGGCCAAGUGGAUAGUUGGGAACACAGUUGAGACAAAAUGUGUCGAAACUGAUUCGUGUUCUCGAGAUUUUUGUAGUAGCACACAACUCAAAACUC